AUGAUCGGCUUCCGAUCAUUUUUAGCGGCCGCAUUAUUGGCCAUUUUGGCUGUAGAGAUAAACUGUGAGAAUGUAAACAAUUUAAUAGUUUCAUCUACUUCUCUGGAGCCUAUUUUCCUGGAACUCCAUGACGGCAGCAGUGCUGGUCGUCGUCGUCACAAGAAACGUAGAAAGUCGCGCCGCUCCGAGAGUUCUGGUGAGCCUGUGAAGUCUACAGAAAACUUGGAGUCUGUAAAGCCACACGAACACGAGUCUGAGAAGAAAGGAGAUUCAUCAUCUGAUUCUGAGAGUGAAAGCAAGGAUCACGAAUCAUCUAGUACAAGCCCCUUGUCCUCUAAGGGUAGUGACACCAAUUCUAAUGAGGAUAAGAAGACCGAUUCUGAUGAGCACAAAGAUGACAAGGAUGCUUCCUCCGUGAAUGAUAACAAGCCUAGUGAUUCCAACGAGGAUCACAAGGAAACUAACAAUGGUGAUAACAGCAGUGCUGCACAAUCCACAUCGGACUCUAGCGAUUCUGAAAGCAGCUCUAGCAGCAGCUCAUCAUCCAGUGACGAAUCCUCGGAUGAAUCGAGCCACUCCUCGUCUGGCGACUCUAGUUCUUCUUCUACUUCUGCCCCGUCUAGCGACACAAACGCUGCUUCAUCAUCUUCGAGCGACACGAGUACUUCUUCUUCCUCGUCAUCUAGUGACUCAUCUGCUGAAACUUCUGUUACCGACUCUUCCAAUGCAAGUGAAGGUGAACACAAGGAUGACUCUAAGAAGGGUGAUGAUGACCACAGUAAUGACAACAAGGAGUCGUCACACUCAGAUGCUGACAACAAGCCAUCUUCCCACGAUGGUGCAUCCACUGAUGAGAAGCACGAGACAGAUAGCUCAAAUGACAGCAACUCCUCGUCGGAACAUGAUAGCGGAAGUACCUCGUCUGCCUCUGAGCUUAAGGAACCAGUAGCGGUAUCACUUUUGGAAAACGACGGUAGCAACGUUGAUGAAGAUGAUAUGGAUUUUGACGAUUAUCAUCAUUUUGCUUCAGAAAAGCCUACUGAGGACCAUUUGGUAUCUAAAUGCACUUCUGAGGAUGGCUGCAAGGAUGAUGCUUCACCAAAGAGUCAUGACUCUGACAAUGCUUCAGAGAAGGUCACGGCUGAUGAAAACAAGGGAGUAGAGGAAGAUGUAAAAGAUAAAAAAUCAGAGCAAAAGGAGAUCAUCACUGAAAAGAGCGCUUCCGAGAAUGUGGAUGAAUCCGCGCCCGCCGUAUCGGAGUCCACUGAAACCACCAGUGUUGAGCAUGCGGAGAAUCACCAGGUAGAACAGACUGAGAGCAGCAAAUCGGAUCAGAAUGUAGAAGAAAAUGCACAUGAAUCUGACUCGUCAGCUUCCGAGACUAUGAGUCCCAUUUCUAAACAUGAACCCAAGGCGGUACAGUCUGACGAGGAGAAGAGCGAGGUAUCAGAGGAUACAUCUAGCAAAAUGACGUCUGAAAGUGCUACUUCCACGUCCGAUGAAAAGACAGAGUCCGUUCCUGUGGCUGGAUCGCACGACUCAUCUCCACGUGAGGGCAAGGUGCUGUAUGAGUUACGCAAACCCAACAGGUCGUGCAGCAUUGACUGUGCUGAUGCUUGUCAAAGUGCCUUAGGAGGUAAGAACCAAUGCAUCAGCAGCGAUGGCAGUACUCCUGUAUGUUCACCAUUUUCUAACUCUUCGACUUUGGAAUGUGGUGACAGUUCUAGGUCCUGUGUGAUGCCUCACGUGUCUGGUACCCAAGAGUUCGAGCUUCAUUCCAGCAUUGAAGGUUCACGUCACCCUGGAAGUUUUUCCGUGAAGGGCAGUAAUUUCAAUGACUGUAUAUUCCUUCUUUUGGCCCCUUUGGAUGGUUCAUGUGCUCGUGGUUCUUUGGAAGAUAACAUUGCCUCCACUCGUAUGGUCCUUCACCCUGACUAUGAGAUCCACCAGACUGGAGAUUCAUUGAGCUUCUCUAACGUGCAGGUACAUUCGCCUGGUCACUACCGCGUAUGUCUGUACCAGCAGUACGAGCCAUCGCGUAGUGGUUUUUCCGUAUCUGCCCUUUUCGUACGUAUGUUGGAAUUAAUCCACCUCAGGAAGCCCAGGGACCUUGUCCGUACUGUGUACGGUAUUGAUGCCGGGACGUUGUCUGUUCACUAG